AAGUUGCUGUUCAUGGCGUCUGGUUUAGGGCUAAGGACAAGUUGCCUUCUUCUGACGAAUAGAUAAGCAAAUUAAUCUUUAGGUGUUGUGUUAGGAGGGACAACAUGGAGGUGGAGAGCGUCACCGUCAAAGAAGAAAAGCGUUUGACCCAAAUGAGGUUCGAUGCCUCCGUGAAAGUGAUCAGGAGUUUACCCCCGAACGGUCCCUUUCAGCCUUCCAAUGACAUGAUGCUCAAGUUCUAUAGUUAUUAUAAACAAGCUACAAUAGGACCAUGCGAUAUACCACGACCUGGCUUCUGGGAUGCAGUUGGCAAAGCUAAGUGGGAUGCCUGGAAUUCUCUUGGAGAAAUGUCAAAAGAAGACGCGAUGGCGGCAUAUGUGGAUGAAAUGAAGCUGAUCCUGGAGGGGAUGCCCAUAACGGAUGAGGUGGAGGAGCUUCUGCGUGUCCUCGGCCCUUUCUACGAGCUGGUUGAUGAGAAGAAAAAGAUCUCGCAGAUAUCGGACCUGAGCACAGCCCGUUUGACUCAAUAUGCUAGGCAACUGGAAGGAUUUGGCAACAUGCUAAAUUCACUGGAAACAAAAAGUGUCGCAAAAAGCAUCAUAAGAAACAUGGAAAUGAACGGCAGUCUGGAGACUCGACCCGCCAGGCUCAAAGAAAAGGAAGAGGUGCAACAAGAAGAAGAAGAAGAGGAGGAUGAUGAUGAAGAGGAGGAGGAUGAAGAAGAAAAUGAUGAAGAGGAAGAAGAGAUGAUUGAAGUUAAGAAAGUCUCUCAACCAAAGAAGAAGAAUUCAUCCAGGAGACACAAAUCGUCCGUCCUGAAUGGCAAACUUGCUAACGGGGUCACCCAGGUGAUCAACGGGGGUCAUACCAGAGAUGCUCUGAACAGCGACAACUCUUUGGAGGACUCUGUGGGCGAGCCUCUGCUCAACGGACACCACACAGAACCAGGAGCCAACCACCUGGCCAGUGACUCGGACAGUGAGGUCUACUGCGAUUCUGUGGACCAGUUUGGCCAAGAAGAGCACUCGGAGCACAACCGAUCCCUGGAUGACCUGGAUGAAGAAAGCCACGCCCUGCUGCCUGUAGAGGAGCUGCUGGAGGAUGUCCAAGAGCCUCCGCAGGCUGUUAAGUGUGGGGGUGAAGAUGGAGAGGCUGGUGGGACGGGGUCAGAGAAACGGAGUCUUAAUGUGGACGUGCCAGGCAGGUCUUCGUCUGGGAAAGGAAGAGGCUCCAGGUCUCCAGGCCUUGGCCCAGAAUCUCUGAUGCCAGUACACAGUGGUGGAGAUGGUGACGGUGAAGGCUGGAGGGGUGCAGUGACGCUCGGGGGGAGCCUGAAUGAGCAGAUUGUUGUGGCUCUGGCCAGGCUGCAGGAAGAUAUGCAGAGUGUUCUGGAGAGGCUGCGCACCUUGGAGGCUCUAACUGCCAGCCAGGCAAGAGCAGUGGCUGUUUCGCCCACGUAUGUGUCACCUCCAGGGAAGAAGAACUGGAAACCAUCCUGGUGGCCUUUUGACAUUUCACCUGCCAGUGUGGCCUUCGCCGUUAUAUGGCCGUUCGUGGUUCAGUGGCUUAUCCGUUUGUAUUUGCAAAGAAGAAGAAGACGCAUCAACUGAUCCAGCUCACAGAAACCCCACGAGGCUCGGCCAUUAUCGAGUCCUUUAAACGUCUUCGACUGGGCUGCUAAUAGCUGCAACUUCCUCCUUCCUGCUAAUUCAACUCACAGCCCACUAAUUAGCUUUUUGCACUACGAAGCAGGAUUUAUGAGUCAAAACAGUCUUCUUGAGUGAGUUGUAUGGCGGAUGUGGUGUCAAAGAGGGAACGUGAAUGUAUGGGCGUGUGAUUUAACUAUACUGGCAUCUUUUUAGAAAAUGGUUUGUGUCGAGAGAGAAAAUAUCCAUAGCUGGAACAUUGUCGGUGUGGUUGUAGACCAACUGCAGUAGCUUCUCCAUCCGAAAUGUAGGGUUUGUUGCACAAAAUGUUCACAAUUCCAUUAGCUGCCCAGGUAAUGCUGCUAUAAUAAAACUGUAAUAAUUGAAUAAUACAAGUGAAGAAUGAAUAUAAUACUGUACUGAUGUGUGUGAUUCUUCCUCUUAGAGUAGGUAAGUAUUUAUUGUUUUGAAUAAGUUUUCAUAAGGGCAUUGCUGGCCAGAUAUACAAGUGAGGUUUUUGUUUUUUUUCUUUACUUAAUUACUUUAAAUCACCAAAACUCGUCUGUCUUGCGUCAUAUCAAUUUGUGAUUUACAUCAGGUUGGUCCAGAUUUUUCAUAAGUAGGAAAAAGUGCCUCAUGGUUGUUCUAAAAUACACUCGCUGUAGAUUGCACUCAAAUGUCUUCAUAU